GAUACGUUGCCAAAAGUAGGGACGCAUCAUUACAUAAUGAUUAAGAUAUCUUGAAAGUGACACAAAUUCACAUGAAAUCUGCGACAUCUGAGCUUCCACGUACACCGCACCUUAAUUCAAAUUGGCACUGUAUUUUGCAUAAUUCUGCUUUCUGUCUAAUUUGGGUCAUCUUUUUUCUCUAACUUUUGAGUACUUCAGUUGACACUGUUUCUCUGAUGAAGUUAUUGGCAUUUGUCUGGAGGAAGCCCUAUUCUCAGAUUCUUCUUUAGCUCUUUCGCAGUUAGGCCUGCCGUUUGUGAUAUCUUAUCAAUCUAGCUCUUUGGCAGUCUGGCCUGCCGUUUGUGAUAUUCUUCUUUGCCUCUCUACUCCCUCGAGGUAGGGAUAAGGGUUGAAUUAAAUAUCUGAUAGACGAUCCUAGAAAAUUUUGAAAGAAGAAUGGUUCAGACAGUGGAAGCCAAUAUGGGUGGUGGAGGUUCUAUUAAAGUUGGAACAACUGGUACAAUCGGUGCCUUGAUGUCAAGAGAAUUAGAUUCUAAGAAGUUUUCUCCUCAGACACCGGCUUCAUAUAGAAGUAAGUCUCCUACUGUUUGUUCUUUCAUUGCUGGCAGUGCGACCAGUCCUAAAAGAGUGAAGCCAGGAACAUCGAGUGAUGAAGCAAGCAGUAGUGUGAUGUCUGAGGAUAAUAAAAAAUGCCCUGAAAUUGUCAGGAAAACAAAGCACUAUAAUCGAAAAACUAAUCAAAUUCCAAUACUAGAAAACGACAAUGUCUUCGUUGAUGGAACUCCUAUGAGGCAGAAACCUGAGAGAAAGGGACCUUACAGGGUGGAGAUUGUGGACAUAAAUUGUGGGGAUGUUGACAGAACUUGGGCAGGCCCUAUAAAGAAUCGCCUGAAGAAGCUUGGUUUCUCAAAGCUGUCUGAGAGCCCUGUCUAAGUGCCUAAUCCUUGAAUAUCAGCAUUUAGAUUCCUGUAAGUGAAUGUGGACAUUGCAAUUGGUUCAUUACAUUCUGCGACUUAUACCAUAGAGCACAUGCUGGGAUCAGCUUAUUGCUCCCUCUUCUCCUUUUUGGUUUGGUGUAACUGCUAGUAGAAGCCAUAUAUCUGCAAGUUGGCGAGACUUGUGAGAGCUGUCGUGACAACUUAGUUGUAGCCUAUACAAAUAUUCACUUUCUUGCUAGAUGACGAAUCAGAAACUGCAUGUGCUGCCUAUCUCAACUAAAGAAUUUCUCGCCGCCAUCUUCGGAGCAACCAUUAAGCCUAAGCCAUUAACUAUAUACCUGGAUCUAUCUUUGCCUAGUAAGAGGGCAAGCAGUGGCAGAGCCACCUUAAUUGACUCCCCUUCGCCGAAAAAUAACAGUGUGUAGUUAGGUUAAAAAAAUUCUAAUGUAUAUGUAUUACAUGUGAAUUCCUUUAUGUGUUUUUUUUAUAUAUAUAUAUUGACUC